AUGGCCGAGCUCGCGGCGGGCGCCGUGAGCUCCUUGCUGGUAGUCAUCCGCAGCGAGGCGCUGCUGCUGCGUGGGGUCCAGGACGAUGUGCAGUUCAUCAAGGAGGAGAUGGAGAGCAUGAAAAGCUUCCUGGCACACCUGGCCAGGUGGGCACCCCCCGGCGGCGAGCACGAUGAGCAGGUGCGCACCUGGAUGAACCAGGUGCGUUUGCUCGCCCAGGACUGCAACAACUGCAUCGACCUCUACCUCUACAGGGGGAACCCUGACAUCCACCGCGCGAGAGGAGGACUCAGAGGCUACCUCUGGUGGGCGACUUGGUUCCUGCACAAGUUGGUUGCGCAGCACCGCGCAGCCGAGCAGCUGCGCCUGCUCAAGGAGCGGGCGCGCGACGUCGGCGAGCGGAGGUUGAGGUAUGGCGUGGAGAUCCCCGACAAGUCAGGGAAGGGGCAAUCGCCUCCAACGGCAUCGUCGUCAGCAUCGAGGGCUGCUGCAGCAAGUGGCUAUGCUGCUGGGGAUGACGAGGAGGAGGAAGAAGAAGAAGACGACGGUGAUGAUCAACUCGUGGCGGCGAUGGCGGCCGGCCGUCAUUAUGCUCGAAGAGCCUUCCCUGAGCCUCGUACCCUGGACGACUACGUCAGGGCAAAGCUAAGCGAGUGGGCAGAUGGAGUUCCUGUAUACUUCGACGAAAGUUUGUCCAUGGUCGUGGUGGCACCCGACACAUAUCAGGACCUCUUCGAUCUUGUACAUGAACUUUGGAUUUUGAGACAGAACCCGGAGGGCCUCGGCUACGAUCGCACUGUCGUGGUUGACAUCCCGGCAGUGCACCCCGAUUUCGCACCGCUGCGGCCCAAGGAGGUUCUCUUCUACAUACUGCGCGAGCUCAAGCAUGCCAAAUCCAACCCCCAGGAGCAAGGCACACAAGGCCAAGUUGAUCUUGACCCUUGGGAAGUUCACUUCAGAAGAUACCAAAUUUACAGUGAAAAGAAAAGGGCUAUUGCUCUUCUUCGAAUCAACGAGAAGAAAAAGAAGAUUGAUGAAAAGCUUGACAAAAUUAAAAGCGAUAUUCAAGGUCGACUACGGAAGGGCGACGGACUACCCAAGGGCCACAAGCUGCAGGGUGGUUUUGACCAGUUGGACCUAGACGUAGUACUUCAGCUGCUGCUCCAGUCAGCGUCUCAACAAGAUCAAAAAGGGAAGAACAAAGACAUGCAUAGAUUACCACCGUGGGACAACAAUAAUAUCAUCGUCAAGAAGCUUAAGGAGCAUAUGGAAGCAGAGAAAAAGGAGAAGAAGCUAGAAGAGGAAGCAACCAAGCAGAUGGAGUUGGAAGGAGAAGAAGCCGUGACCAAGCAUGUGGAUGAGGAAGGAGGAAAAGUAACAUGCAAACAUAUGGAAGAGGGGGGAGGAGAAGUAAGCAUACAUAAGGAGGAAGAGGAAGGAGGCGGGGGAAGAGGGCAAGGAGGUGAAACAACCAAGCAUAUGGAGGAUGGUGCAGGAGAAGUAGCCGAAGAAGAGGAAGAGGACGAUGAUGGUGGUGGCAGUGAAAAGGAAAAGCAAGAGGAAGAUGAAGAUGAUGACGACGAUGAUGAUGAGGAUGAUGAUGAUGAUGAUGAUGAUGAUGAUGAUGAUGAUGAUGAUGAUGAUGAUGAUGAUGAUGAUGAUGAUGAUGAUGAUGAUGAUGACGACGACCGCGAUGAUGAUGAUGAUGAAUCGACUCAGCUCGAUGAGGCACAAUAUGCGCACAUCAUGCGGAAACUGUUCCCCAAGAGCAGCAGCAGCAAGCCCCUGCAGGCUGAAGACGGCUCCUUGGACAAGCAAGCUACAAAGGCCACAACUGCUACAUUAGGUGAGGAUCAAAUCAAAAAACUGAUCCACGACGCAAAGGAAGACAUCUUAAGAGAGCUGCAUCAAGGCAAAUAUGACAAGAGUGAAGGGAUAGGUGAACCUGGUGUUCCAGAUCAAAACCCAGAAAGUGUUUUCGAAAAAAUCGGUCAAAUGAUGGACAAAAUGAAGCACGAGUUCAAAGAGCAGCUCAAGAUCAAAGGUCUCGUGGACAGGAUUAAAAGGAACUUGAAUUAUCUUCCUUCCCAGCGUAAAUGUGAAUGUCCCUUGAUUAUUCUCAAAGUUGAUGAGCUGAUGGAUGCUUCCGCAUGGGAGGAUACCAGAAAUGCUUUGAGCCUGUUAAACUGCAGCGCUGAUUUAAUGAUCGUCACCGCCACAAAGGACAUCCAGACGGCUAAAGAAUAUUGCUACCCACAGAGGGAACCUAUAGACUAUUCUCUUGCUGGCCUCUACAAUGAUACAGUGCUCAAGCUUACUGGCCAACUGAAGAAUGGAGACAUCUAUAACCCACAAAUAUUUCAUGAUAUCUUGUACGAGUGUGAGCCACAUGAAUUCUGCAUGAAGAUCUUCACUCAUGCUAUGUAUGCUAACCCCAAGAGGAGCGAGGAGGAGUUACUCAAGCUGAACAGCACCCUGCAGGCUUUGCCAACAACAUCAUUCAACAACAUUGCUAAGGUGAUGUUCAAGUUCUCUUACAAUGAUUUGCCUAAAGAGUACAAGUCCUGCUUGCUGUACCUAGCUAUCUUCCCUUCCGGACACAAGAUCAGGCGGUCAACCUUGAUUGGACGGUGGGUUGCAGAAGGUCUGACAUCCAAGGAAGAUUGGCCGAGUUCUGUCCGUCAGGCCAACCGAUGUUUUGACGCACUUGUUAGCCGGUGCCUUGUUUAUCCUGCUGAUGUUGGUGCCACAGGAAAUGUAAAGAGUUGCGUCAUAGAUGAUCCAGUUCAUGGAUUCAUUACCACCAUCGCAAGAAAACAACACAUCGUGGAGACACGCCUGUCGCAUCACUUGGCUCGCCAUUUCUCCAUUUUCAACGAUCUCCAACUCCGCAGCUCUGAUAGAAUUGAUAAAUUCUUCCAGGGGCUCUCUAACUCGUCUCAACUAUCCCUGCUCAAGGUGCUAGAUCUAGAAGGUUGCCGGUGUUUUCUUGGGAAGAAGAACCAGCGGUACCUCAAGGACAUCUGCAACAAGAUGUUACUUCUCAAGUAUCUGAGCCUGAGGAGAACAGAUAUUACCCAGCUACCCAGUGAAAUCAACAACCUCCGCGAGCUAGAGGUAUUGGAUAUCCGACAAACUGAGAUACCUCCACAUGCAACAGCAAAUAUCCUGCUCUUGAAGCUGAAGCGUCUGCUUGCUGGUCACAUCGAUCUGAAUCCAAGCAAUUUUGGCUCUAGUGGCCAGAUUCCUCAUAGGAUCGACAAAAUGGUAAAUAUGGAGGUGCUAUCCAAUGUCAAGGCCCAGCAGAGUCAUGAUUUAAAAGAUAUUGGAAAGCUAUGGCAGCUGAGGAAGCUAGGUGUGGUUAUCGAUGAUAAGGACAGUCACCUCAAGAAUUUUCUUCAGACGAUCAGUGACCUACAUGAGUGCCUCCGUUCUCUGUCAAUCACUACUACUCCCGCAGCCACACAACACGAGGGUACUUCUUCCGGUGCAGAGUUACCAGAUGACAUUGGCUCUCUCUUAAAAAACUGCCCCAAGAUUCUUGAGAGUCUAAGCAUCAGGGGAACCACACAGAAGGGGCGUCUUCUUCCAUUGUACAUAAAAGGUGAUAAAAACAAACUUGCCAAGGUAACUCUAUGCUACACUGUGCUGAGCCAAGAUGAUCUUAAAAUCCUUGGCAAGCUCCCCAAAUUACGGUGUUUCAGGCUCCAACACAUUGUAUGCACCGAGCGUACUCUGAAGUUCACGGGCGGUGAAUUCAAAUGCCUCAAGUACCUUCUUGUUGAGGGCUCAAACUUGACUGAUAUCACUUUUGAGAAUGGAGCAGCCAGUGAGCUCGAGAAGAUGGUUUUGUCUAUCAGCAGCAUAUGUUCUAUUUCUGGAGUUGACUGUCUUCCUAAAUUGAAAGAACUUGAGUUGAACAACAGCUUCGGCGGCAGUUUGUUGUCAUCAUUUGACAAUGCAACACAAAUAGCGAAGCUGACUCUUCGUGGUACAAUGCUAGAGCAAGAUGCGCUACAACUGCUCGCCAAUAAAAGAAAUAUACGCUCUCUAGUGCUCCAUUCUGUUGGUGCAACACAGAAUGCGAUAACAUUAGAAAAAGAUGAGUUUUUAUGGCUCAAUCUUCUUGAAGUUCACUGCUCGGCCAUCACCAAGAUUGUCUUCACCUGUGGAUCUGCUCCUAGGCUCGAGAAGAUUGUAUGGUCAUCUUCCACAUCUCUCUCUGGCAUCGACGAACUUCCCAGAUUGAAGGAGCUCGAGUUCACAGGUGACCAAGUCCCUGAUGACGUGGCAAAGGACAUUGAAAAACAUAAAAACAAGCCUAGUCUUAAACUCAAUGGACCAGAAACUCAAGACUAAGAAAAAGGAGAUGAAGAAGAGCAUGAGAACGGUGCUGCAACAUUCUCUUUCUGCUGGAAGAAACAGGUUUGAUGCCGAAAGGGCCUGUUCAUUAAUACCAUGGUGUGGUUUGCGUGUGCUAGUGUGGAUUGCAAUCUGUUGUGCUUGUCUGUUGAUUUCUUUCUGCUGCGUGUUUAUACAACUGAAGUAUGUCCGUUUACUUGCUCUA